AUGAACGGAAUAAGACAAAGAUUGCUACACACGCUUCGUGUCCAUGUCCCAACCGAAUCACUAAAGAGAAAGGCAUUGGAAUUGGAGAAGAAGAGGAAGAUGAGGAGUUCCAAAACCAAGGACCAGUUCAUCGUUCCGGUCCCCGAAUCCUUAUCCUACCUAGAUACCGCCACCAUGCCCAUGAUCGUCGUUGCCGUUGGCGUUGCAAUAUUCGCCAAACUCCUCAUGAUGUAUGAUGAUUCUAGAUCUCAAGAGUUGUUGGAACGCAAGAUAAAGAAUUCUCCAGAGGGUCAAGGCUCUGUGAGAAUGCUCAGCCGUGAGGAGUGGGAGAAGAUUCGGGAACUCCCGCCCAGAACUCCUUUUGAAUCCAAGUUUUCCCGUCCUAAUUCUAGAAUCAGAACCGGUGAACCAUUGCGCCUGGAGGACUUAAAGGAUUGGACAAUUGAUGUUUUUAUGGACGGUGUUGCAAGAGCUGAAGAGUACGGUAAACGCCGUAAUACUAAGUAA